AUGUUGUGUGAGGCGGUACCGGCAAUGCCCCCGUGAGGCGGUGCCGCCGGAGUCCCAGUGAGGCGGGGCCGCCCUUGCGGAGAGGCCGGAGCGAUGUGGGCGGUGCUGGGCAGGCUCGGCGUGGCGCAGGCCGCGGCCCCGGCCCGGCGGAUCGCUGUGCUCACCGCGGCCGCAGGAGCCUUCUCCAUCCCCCACGUUACCAUGGCCACCCACUUCUCCAAGGAUCAGGAGGAGAGACUGCGGGAGGUGAAGGGGGACCUGUUCUCGUGCCCGCCGUCGGACGCGCUGGCGCACUGCAUCAGCGAGGACUGCCGCAUGGGCGCCGGCAUCGCCGUGCUCUUCAAGAAGAAGUUCGGGGGCGUCCAGGAGCUGCUGGACCAGAAGAAGAAGACGGGGGAGGUGGCUGUUCUGCAGAGGGAUGACAGAUACAUUUACUACCUGAUUACAAAGCAGAAGGUGUCUCACAAACCAACCUACGAGAGCAUGCGGAAGAGUUUGGAGGCCAUGAGAGCUCACUGCCUGCACAACGGGGUCACAGACAUCUCCAUGCCCAGGAUUGGAUGUGGACUUGAUGGCCUGCAGUGGGAUAAAGUUUCGGCGAUCCUCGGGGAAGUGUUUGAGAACACUGACAUCAAGAUCACAGUUUACAGCCUGUGAGCAGAAGAGUCGAAGAGCCCCUUUUCCCCCACUUUGGGAGUGGAAGCUGUGAACUGCCAAGGGGGGCCUGGGGAGCACGUUCUGGGUCCGGGGUCACUCACUCCUGGGACAGUGACAGAGGCUUCCAGCAGCAACAAGCUCCAGAGGAGUUCAUUUGGGUGUUAAUUAGAAGGUGGCAGCGGUGUGGUGGAAACCCUCGGGGUGUUCCCAGUGUGUCCCAGCAGCCACCAGGUGUCACUGGGCCUCCACGCAGCUCCUGCGGCUCCUGGGCAGUGGAACGGAGCUGCUGCCGCUGGGGGAGUUGUUUGGUUUCUGGUUGGGGUCGGUGCUGAGGAGCUGCCCCAGGGAGCCCUGUCACUGCUGUUCUGCAAUGUCCUACCUGGCACUCGUUCACUUCACCUGUUCUUGCAGGGGUAACAGUUUAAUUUCUCCCUUCUAGCCACAAAUAGGGUUUGAUGGUUUUGUGUUCACUGAGGAUCAUGCUGUGAUGUUAAAUAAAUAGUGCCCUGCUGUUGGAUCAGA